UUCACGAUGGAUGUGAUCGCCACCUGUGCCUUCGCCACCAAAACCAAUACACAUAAAGACCCCAACAAUCCAUUCAUGAAGAAUACGCUCAAAAUAUUUAGUCCUAAACUCCAUCUCAUUCUUCCCUUCAUUUUCUUACCAAACUUUGUGCUCAAGUUUUUCAAACUCUACUCCGGUUUGGAUGAAACGGCAAAUGAGUUCUUCUUCAAUAUCACCCGUCAUAUAAUCAAAGAGAGGAGGAAUGGCAACAAGAAAUACAAUGAUUUCAUUCAACUCUUGUUAAAUAGCGAGCAAAACAAUAACAAAAGUGUUUUAAGGGAUGAUAACGAUGUGAAUGAAGCACAUUAUCUCAAUCAGGGGGCUGAAGAGUUGGCCGUCGAGAAGAAAAUACUAUCGGAAACAGACAAAUAUAUAACGGAAGACGAGAUAUUAGCCAACUCUUGGAUCUUCUUUCAGGCGGGAUAUGAGACGACUGCCUCUACCCUUACAUUCGCUUCGUAUGAAUUGGCGUUAAAUGAAGACAUCCAACAGAAGCUGUACGAAGAAGUGAUGUCUGCAGUGGACUCUAAAGGAGAGAUUGAUUACGACCUGUUGGCUCGACUGCCGUAUUUGGAUGCAACUCGGAAGAGAGUGUUUGAAUGA